AUGUCGAGAGAACUUUUAAUUGUAUUUAUUUACGACCCACGAUUCUGUACUACUGAAGCUGAUGAUCCACAAAAUUCUAUUUUAUAUUUUCAUCCCCCAUGGGUAAGCUCUUCGCAAAAGCUUGCUUUAAGUGGACAACUAAUGGGAAUUGUCAAGUUUUCAUCUUCAGUUUUCUCAUCUCCUUCAGUAUUAGCAUUACGUUCUGGAAAGUUUGCUAUUCGGCAAUUUGGUUCUUCAACACUGUGUGUUGGAACAGAUCGAAAUAUUCCAGACAGUGUUUUGCAAAAUCGAGCCAACACUUUAUACAAUAUUUUAGUUACAUUUCACUUUAAUAUAACUGAGAUCUUAGAUCAUAAAAUUCUCAGUGAACAGUUAAAUACAGUAAUUUCAUCAUAUCUUUCACUUCUACUAAUUUCUUCAAACAUGUUUGGUACCCCGGCAGUAUUUAAAUUUCCCAAGAGUGGAGGAAAUAUUCUUUUGGAAGCAAUGCAAAUACUUGAAAGUAUGCAAGAAAAAAACAAGGUUUUAGGUGGAAUGUUAUUACAUCAAAAUAAGAUUGUUGUUACUCAAUUUGGAUUUGAACUAACCAAAUUAAUCCAACUGACAAAUCCUUUCUGUAAUAAGAUACCAGCUGAAAAUGUAAAAGGAAGCUUUCAUUUACCAUUAGGUACUCAACUCUUAUACAUUUUUGUGGAUAGGGAAGAAGUAUUACAAAUAAGAAAAACAGCUACCUCACUGAAACAAUCCGUGAAAAAAACAUCAAAAUGGCGACAAAAAAAUAAGAUGGCUGACAAGUCACAAGACUGUCCAAAAAAUGACAAAAACCCAGAAAAUAAAAAUAUGUUCACAGUCGAAGAAGAAGAUACCCCAGAUAGUAAUAGUGGAUCAAUCUGUAGUAUGCCAGAUAUUGUGAAGGAAUCUAUUAUCAAAGCAGAAAAGAGAUUAGACAAAUCUAAUGCUGGAAAAUGUUCUUCUCUAGAAUCAUCUCUGAAUGAAAUGCCAAAUUUCUCAAAACUCGUUACUUUAAGAAAAGACACAACAAGGUAUCAGAGUCUUAGGUUGUUACCUAAAACUAUAAAUUAUGACAAUUCCAAACAUAGUGACAAAUAUAGAACAUUAUGUGACCCAUAUUUCCCAUUAUUGCGUGAUGACGACUAUGCUGUUUCAAAAGCACUUUAUGAUAAACAACUAUCUCAACAUUAUACUGAUCUUGAUCUUAAAGUACAGAUUGAAAAAGAAAAAAUAUUGAAAUCAAAAAAACCAGUAAGACCAACUUCCAUACCAUUGAAUUUACAAGCACUUGAUAGAAAACCUAAUCUUAAAGAAGAUAUAAUGACACCUUUGAUGGCUAAACUUAGCAUGGCAGAAUCAUAUAAUUUUGCCACACCUACAGAGAGCAUAUGCAGAACUCCUACAAGUUUUCAACCACAAACUAAUACUGCCAGCCAUCAAAAACUGUUGUUAUUUGUUGCUGGCUUUCAAAAUACUUCAAUAAUGGUGUUAUUAGAAAAAGAAGCAGAAAAUGAUGCUGAGCUAAUUCAUCUAUUAUGGAAUUUAAGUUUUAACAAUCUUGGAGACUUAGAACACUCUAUAAAUAACACAAUCACAAAUGUCCCGGAUGCAUAUAAUUUACAAGGUACAGAUGAAACUUAUGGCUACAUGGUAAUGGACACAACCAAUGCUGGUAUGAUUGACAAGCAUGGUAACUGGUUAGGUUCACAAACAAUUUUAGCCACAUCUAUACACGAUACUUUCCAAAAAAAACCUUCGGUUCUCGAUAUCAUCAUCAGAAAUGAUGAUAAUAUUGUUUAUGGAAAUAAAUGUGGCAGCCGAGAAUUGUUUUAUCAACAAAGUGGCAAUAUUGUAAGCGGUCUACCAACACCGUCAGAUAUAAUGGGUGUUGUGUCUACAACUGCAAAACGAAGACUUCAAAGAGACCAUGGUAUUAUUAUUCUAUAG